ACGAGGUGAACAUCAGCAACCUCGGGCACUACCGUUCAGAAGAGGACAGCGACGAGGCGAACGUCAGCACGCCGAUGAUAAUGGACUCCGAUCUGCGAUCACCUCAACGCGAUGGACUGGCCCUGCCAAACAAGGCCGCCUACGGGACGCUGUACUACGUCACCCAGGGCAUUGGCAUUCUCCUGGUGCUGGUCACCGCCAUCUGGCUCGGCCGCUACAUUGGCGGAUUCGGCUUUGCCAGCGCCAAGCAGGUCUUCAACUACCAUCCCAUUCUCAUGAUUAUUGGCUUUGUUUUUAUUUACGGAAACGCCAUGUUGAUCUACCGUACACUGCGUGGAGAGCUGAAGCCCAAGCUGAAGCUGAUGCACGCCAUCCUCAUGGGCUCGAUCAUGGUCAUCUGCUCGGUGGGCAGUCUGUCGGUGUUCUACUUUCACGUGAAGGCCUCCAUCCCGCACUUUUACUCGCUGCACAGCUGGCUAGGCAUUAGCACUUGGACGUUCUUUCUUGCACAGUUCAGCGGCGGCUUUGCUGCCUACCUCUUUCCGGGCGCUUCGUACAACGUUCGAACGCUGAUGAUGCCAUUCCAUCGCUUCUUCGGUGUUGCCACCUUUGUCCUAGCCGCGGCCACCUGCCUCACUGGCCUCAAUGAAAAGGCAAUCUUUGCACUGAACGGACAAGAUGGAUAUCCAAAGUACACUGAAAAAACGGCUGCUGGCUUUCUCGUCAACUUCGUUGCUCUCAUUUUAGUUGCCUACGUGUCCUUGGUUGUGUACCUAGUUACCAAGCCUGACUUCAAGCGCCAGCCGCUGCCUGAAGAACAGGUGAUCAAUCUCAACUUUGAUCUAACCUCAAACAAUUAA